AUGGAGCCUCGCCACAGUCUGGCGGGCGCGGGGCACAGAGCCCAUCGCGGAGCCCAGCUGGGCCCGAGCGAGCCGGGAAAAGAGCGCGGGAAGCUCGGGGGCUCGCGGCGCGGGGACUGCCCGGGUCUGAGCCUGUGCGCCCGGGGGCGGCUCCCCGCAGCCCCUGGGGCACGAAAGCGGCGACACCCGCCUCCCGGAGGCGGGGACCCUUGCUACCUGCAGGCUGGGGGCGGCCCGGGCGCGGCGAGAGCCAGCGGCCCCAGCUUUGUUCGGCGGCGGGGACCCCUUCCCCUACGGGCCCCCUGCCCCGCCGGGCCCCCCGGCCCCGCAGACCCGCCCCGGUCCGAGCUCUGGGUCCCUGGGGAUGCGGUGGGGUGGGGCCCCUCCUGGACCGCGCCUCUCUGCUCCCGACCCUGGCACCCAGACUGGCCCGCGGGCGAGGGGCGCGGGGAAGUUGGGCGGCGGGGCGGGGGCUUACCUGCGCGUCCGCGGCUUGUCAGGCCCGCGGGCUUCCGCUCGCUGUCCGGUGGCCCGGCCCUUCCAGAGCCCACGGGGCCCGGGUGGCCGGGGGGCGCCGACUCUCCGCGCUGCGGUUCGGUCUCGCCGAGCGUCCGCCCGGCACCAGGGGUCCACCACUCUCUCCCGCGGAGCCCGAGCUCUCUACCCGGAGGGCGCCUGGGUCCGAGCCGGCGGGCGGAGGCGGGGCGCGGCCGGCAGUCGAGCGGAGGAGGCCGGGCGCUGAGCAGGGCUCGGGCCGGGGGCUGCGCGCUCCUCUCCCGCCUGGGUUGGGAACUUGGGCCCGAGUUGGCUGCGGCGGUGGCGGCCGCGGCUCCGAGUGCAGGGCCGGCGCCGGCCGGCGGGUCCCGGGCCCCGCGCUCCGCCCCGCGCCUCCUCCCCGCCCCCGCCCCGCCGCGACAACCCGCCCCCGGGGCUCCUCCCGGGCGGGACCGGGCCUCGCACCUGCCUCCGCGCCCCGCGCGCCCGCUCCUUCUCGAGCCAGACUCCGCGGCGCGCGUGGGGAGCACCCCCCCCCCGGACAUCCCGCACAUCUACCCCCCACUUCGCUGGAACUCUGCCGGGUCCUCCGGGAGCACCUAA